CCCUAUACCACCACUACCCCCCCCCGCCCCCGGUGCGGGCAGCGGUGCGGGCAGGGCCGGGCCGGGCCGGGCCGCCCCGGGGCCGCCGCGGAGGCGGCCAUGUGGGCGCUGCGGGCGCUGUGCCUGGCCGGGCUGGGCGCGGCGCUCGGCGGAGCCUCGGCGGAUCAGUGCAGCUGGAGGGGCAGCGGGCUGUCGCAGGAGGCAGGCAGCGUGGAACAGCUCUCCCUGCACUGCGCCGAGGGCUCGCUGGAGUGGCUGUACCCCACGGGGGCCCUUCGCCUCCGCCUGGACCCCCGUCUGCCCCCCACCACCGCCGCCAUCAAGGGCCAGAGCCCCUGGCACGUCACCGCUUGCGUCAAACCUUCCGGUACCUUCCGGGGAGCUCAGCUCUACCUGGAGAGGGAGGGGGUGCUGGAGCUGCUGUUGCCGGAGGCCCCCCGGCCCCGCGUCCGUUGCUUCAGCUGGCUGCCCCGGGAGAAGGUGGCUCUGUUCCUGCAGGCCACCCCGCACCGUGACAUCAGUCGCCGCAUCGCCGCCUUCCGCUACGAGCUGCGGGGGGACUGGCUCGCCCGCCCGGCGCUGCCCGCCGCCAGCCUCACCGGAGAAGGAGCGUGCCGGCCGUGCAACGACACCGAGAUCCUGAUGGCCAUUUGCACUAGUGACUUUGUGAUCCGCGGCAGCAUCCGGAGUGUCUCCAACGAUGCGGAGCUGCAGGAAUCCGUCAUCGGGGUGAGCGCCACUCGCAUCCACCGCCAAAAGUUUCCCCUCUUCCAGGUGGGGGGGCGGGGGGGGCGGGCGGCGGGCAGCAUCCGCACCCCGCUGCGCUGUGGCGUCAAGCCGGGCCCCGGCACCUUCCUCUUCACCGGGUGGCUGCAUUUCGGCGAAGCUUGGCUGAGCUGCGCGCCCCGCUAUAGGGACUUCCAGCGCAUCUACGAGGGGGCACGGCGUAUGCGCCAGAACCCCUGCGAGUUCCCCGUGGACUGAGGGGCUCGGGGCGGGGUGGGGGGCGGCCCGGCCCCACGGGUGCUGGGGGGCUGGGGUCCCCCACAAGCAGCGAGAGCAUCCCCGGGGGGAUGAAGGGGCGACGUGCCAGUAGGGAUGAUGCCCGGAGGGAGGGUGGCACUUCGGUCCUUGCCACGCAGCCGGGCUCCAGCAGCCCCCACCACCGGGAUGGGGCUGGGGGGUCCCGGGAAAAUCCUGCUGGAAUGGAAGGGAUUUUCCCAGGGCGCGCUUGCCCGUGGUCCCCAGGGACCUGCCUGGGUGAAGGGUGCAGCUCGGUGGGGCAAUGGGUUGGGGCGCCCUGGGGACCAGGGCGCGUCGGGCUCGGGGUGCUGCAUGCUCAGGGGAUGCUGCGGGCUCGGGGACGCUGUGGGGCACGGUGGGUGCAGCACGAUGGGGCAGCCAUAACAGCCCCCCGCCUCCCCGGGAGGGCUCGGUGAUGGGUGGCCGUGGUGGCAGGGCCAGGGGCACGGUGGGGUGCGGAAGGGCCAGGAGGUGGAUUUGCAAUGUCGGGGGUGGAAGGGGGAGCGGGAUGGCGGCGAGCCUUGCCCUGGCCCUGCCUGCGAUGCGGGGCACAGGCAGGAGCCGCGGGGUGGAUGCCGAGGAAGAGGAGUGAGGCCGAAGGGAGCGAGGGGAAUGGCAAGGCGGGAGGAAGGCUGGCGUGGCGAGCAGAGAUGUCCCCGGCACGGCCGGGAUGGGACCAAAGCGCCGACGCAGGAAGGUGCCAUGGGACUGGGGAGGGGUUGGGCUGUGUCACCCAUCACCACCAGCCUGGGGACGUGUCACCCGGGGAUG